AUGGAUAUUUCUCAAGCUCAAUCACCGGAUUACCCUCCAAGACUUUACCCUGAAGGGUCUUCUAAUAUCGAAGCUAAAGAGAUUAAUCACAAUUUUCAUUCAGGAGAAUUCCCUCGCGUUAGAGAAGCAAUAGGACAUGAUGUGUGGGAUGAACUGGAGAUUGGUCCUCUUGGUGUAAUUGCUAAGCUAGCUAAACGCAAAAGCGUGUGGUCUGAUCCAUUGCCAACGGAAAGUAUUGAACCUGACGACCAAUACAAAGAGUUUUGGGAGCUGUUGAAGGUGCCGCUUAGGAUGGGACCCAAGUUAGAUGAGCUGAAGGCAACAUUAGAUGACUGUCCAUCUUGGGAUUUUGUACAGCGGAAAUGGUUAGGGCUGUUAUUUCUUCAAACCAUGGGACUCUAUGCUUUUCAUCAUAAUUCUAGGAUACCAUUUGAAAGUGCUAAAAGAGUAUUCGACGAUGAAGCCAUGAUGUCGUAUCCAUGGGGUCGGAUUGGAUAUGAAGUUCUUGUUAACUCUAUUAAAAUGUUGGAUCCGCAAGGAAGGACAUACACCAUAAAUGGCAUGGUGGAGGUGUUAUUGAUUUGGGUGUAUGAAUCUGUCACUUGCUUUGGAGAGCGUUUUGGGAGUGUCGUCAACAAUGAAGACAACAACGAAGAGAACAAUGAAGACAUUUCGCUUCCGCUUUUGCGAUGGCGUGGAAAGCGUACGCGUGCUAGUUUCGAACAUUUAUUCUCUGAGGAGAUCAGAGAGCACGACCGGGUGCGUGUUAGGAAUAUGGUUAUGAAGAAAUCAGCUGAAGAGAUGUUUCCCCAAUCGCCGGUGAAAGGGCACGAGGAGAAGAAAAGAAUGAAGGAUGGAGUUUCGUCAGAAGCUGAGCCACCCACUAAGAAGCAAAAGAAAGUUAAGAAACAGAAGGAAGUGAACACCAGUGAAGGUGAAGCUGUUGCAACGGGAAAGGCUUGUAGCGAGAAGGAAGGUAGGGAAGAUCUUCCGAACAAUGAGGCUCUGAGGAUCCAGAAGACUGUUGAUGAUAUAGUGAAUGAGCGUCUGAAAGUUUUGGGGAUAGGUCAAAGCUUCAUUGUUAACAACACUCAGGAGAAAACUUUACCCUCGCCACUGAAUCCACCACAGAAUCUACCACAUACUCUACUGCAGAAGUCCGUUAAUAGUCAACUAGCAACGGUAGAUAAGACCCCUACUGAUACUGAUGCGGAGAAAGAUGAGGCUGAUGCGAAAGAGGUUGCUGCGAAGAAGGUUGCUAAGAAGAAGGACGCUGCAACUCCUGCUAAAAAGGAUCAUCUUGAUUUCCUUACUGUUUCUCCUGCUAAGGAUGUUCAGGUACCUAAGCAUCCAGCAUAUAAACGCGGCUGCAAGGUCAAUCCAAAACCGAAGGAUGAGGCUGCUCAAAAGGCAGAGGCUGGUCAGAAGGCAGAGGCUGUUUUGAAGAAGAAGGAAGCGACUGAGUUAAAGAAAAAGGAAGCGGCUGAGUUAAGGAAGCAAACAGCCGCUGCUAAAAGAAAAUUGAAGGAAGAAUCCGCUGAUAAGAAGAAGAAAGAGGCUGCAGCAAAGAAGCAAAAGGACAAUUCCUUUGCGGGUGUGACAGACAGUUCCCUUGCGGAUGUGACAGACGACAUGAUCGCGGCACAGAACGAAGUGUUCCCGGAGUCUGAUGUCGAGCCAGAGGAAGUGGCUAGAUCUGCCAGGAUAAAGGAGUAUCGGGAGAGAACUCAUGUCGCUGCGUAUAUGAAUGUUCUCAGUGGAAGGUCCAUGCGAGAUCCCACCCCAUUCUGGUCGAAGCGCAUUGCCUUCAUUGACUCUUGUGGGUAUGAAAAGUUAGUCAACGGUCUGCUUCUAGAGGAUUCUCCAACAAACUUGAAGUGGGUUGAAGAUGUGGAUCACUUGUACGGAGUGCUUCAAGUUAAGGCGAUCACUGGGUGGCGUUUCACGUGGAUCUGGUAA